UUGCUGUCCUGUUGAAUUUAGGCAGUAAGUCAAGCAGUGCCAAUGAAAACCAGGCAGUAGGUUGUAAACCAGUCCAGGAUGUGGUUCCUUCUUGUAACAGGGUUGUCUGUACUAUUUCAACACAUCAAUGCACAGGCAGAGAUAGAGGGGUUGUUAGGCAACUGUUUGAACAGUGGAGAUGAACUUGACACGUGUUUAGCCCAGCUGGCUGAAGAGCUGAGACCGUACAUGAGUACCGGCCUGCCCGACUACAACCUACCCAAGACAGAGCCUAUGUUCCUAGACAACGUAGUUAUCAAACUUUCAAAACUUCCGAUAGAUGUCACUGCUAUCUUUACAGAUUCUACGGUUAAUGGACUCUCAGGGUUCAAAUUGAAUUCUAUUCAUGCAGAUACUAGCUCCCAGAGUAUUCUACUCAAGAUGACAAUUCCUUUGUUGUCUGCAGCUGGAGAUUACAGUAUGACCGGUAACGCUAUUGUCACCAUUGAUGAUUCCAAUGGACCAUAUCAGGUUGUUAUGGAAAAUGUCGAAGUUGAAAUCCUAUCCACCCUCACCCAGGAGAAUGGUGUUCUUCUAAUCAAGGAAGACCCUCUGAUAACUGUCGAUGUCGGAAAACUAAACGUAAAUUUUGAAAAUCUUUUUGGCGGGAAAACUCCCGAGUUUGCCAAGGUCAUCCAUCAGUUUGUAAACAAUGACUCCAAAGCAUUUACAAAGGAUUUUGGACCUCAGAUUACGCAGCAGGUUGGAAGUCUGAUCAAAGGGUUCUACAAUGGUGCUGUAACUGGAAUAGAUCCAGCCCUUUUUGGUGUCAAUUAAACCAGCUUUAAUGAAACUAAAAUAAUAUUGAAAAAAAAAAACAUAUUUAUCGAAAGCAUUCAAAUCUGACAAUAAAAAGUUGCUGAAUAGAUUAACUAUUGUUAAAAUGUUUUUUGUUUGUUAUUUAUCAAAAGGACAUUAAACUAUUUAACAUUUUA